AUGGGCACCGCGCUCCGGACGCCGCCCUCCCCCGCAGCUGCCGCAGAGCUGGCUGGCACCCUCGCUGCCGCCGCCAGGCAGCUGCCCACUUGGGGCAGCGCAGCCCCCUCUGCCAAGCACCCCAGAAGCUGCCCGCAGCCGCCGCCGCAGCCGCGACCUGUGUCCCGGCGCCUCCUGGCCCUCCAGCCUCCUGGAGAAGGUGGCACUCGCUGGAUGACUCAGCCAAGCCGGCCGAGGGUCCCCCAGGGCCCCCGCGCGCCAGCCUCGCCAGGCAGCGGCCGGCGCCAGAGCCAGGAGAGCCACCACAGGUCCCGAGGCCCCAGAGCCGCUGCGCCGCUGCGCACCCCCGGCACUCCCCUCCUGUCCGAGCUGCCGCCUGGAGGGGAGGCUGAGCCCAGCGAGAGGAGGGUGUGGAGACAGGCCGGCCCCAGGGCCAGGACCUCGCCGAGCCACGCCCGCUGGCCUCGUGCUGCCCCGCUGUCUCCAGCCCAGACGCCUCUCUUCCCAGAGCUUCCUGUGAGCCCUGAGGCCGGCCGGCGCCCCAGCCUGGCGCCUGGCCCAGCCCGGGAGAUCCAGAAGCCUCUGGCCGGGGCUCAGGCAGCUGCUCCCCCGCCCCCCGCCGGCACCAGCCCCACCCGGCCGGUGCUGGCCGGCCAUUGGUGUCUGCAGCCUGAACGGACCCUCGCUGGGGGUGCCCCUUUCUGCCUGUCCACCGGAGGCCCCCAGGCAGCACCGGACCCGCCACAGCGACAGCAGGAGACCCUAGACCCGGUCGCUGGCAAGCGCCUUCUGCCCCUCCAGAAGUGCCGGCUGGGGGGCCGCUGGCCAGCGUGCGCCGUGGCCCAGGCCGGGCCUCCAGGACUGCCCUGCCCGCCUCACACGCCCCCGCUCCAAGGCAGCCACCCCGUCUUCCAGCUACCGGCGGCCUCGGUCUCCCCACCCCCUGCCUUUGCCGCUGGACCCCCCAACUGUCUCUUCAACUUUUUUUGGAGCACGGAACCCUCGGCCGCCCUGGCUGUUGGGCAGCCACUGGACCGCCUUGGCUGCGGGCCCGCCUUCCCGAGGGCCGCUGCCCGGUGCGCCCCAGCCCAGCACCGCGCUCCCCACGGGCUCUCCAAGCCCCCCGAUGCCACUGAACCCCCCCAGCAAGGCGCCCCAAGGCCACCAGGCUCUGGACCUCGGAACCGGGCCGAGACCCCCGAGCCUGCUCCCUCUGCCGCUGGCCGCCCCCCAGAGCUAAGGACCUAUCGCCCCCGGAGCUCCCUGUUCAUGGACAUCACCCAGGAGGGCCUCUUCGCGUCCCACAGUCUCACGGAGGAGCGAGAGCUGGCUGCGGAUCCCCUGGACAGGGUGGUCGAGGAAGAUCCCCAGAGGGAUGGCCCAGCCUGGGAGAAAGAGCUGGUCAGCAAGAUCAGGGCCAUGUCCAGCUUGGAGCAGAGCCUGUUGUUGGAGAGGGUUCAAAACUGUAUCAAGGAGCACAGCCAGCUCACUUGGAAGGUGCAGGGGCUGGACGCCAGCGUGCAGGUGCUGCUCGCGCGGCUGGGCCUGGACCCCGCGGUGCCCUGGGACAAGACGUCUCUCUUCCGCCUCUACGGGCUGGCCCUGCGAGAGUGUCCCAAUGUCAACCUGGUGAGGCGCCACCUGAGUGUCCUGCUGGACCUGUCACACCAGCUGUCUGAACAGCGGGAGGGCGUUGCGCUGACUGUUGGCCUGACGUCCACCUUGCACCUGGAGGAAGUGUGGGCCCUGCUGGAGCAUCUGGGCCGCACCAGGUUCCUGAGGUCGGCCGCCGUGUCCUCGCAGAGCCAGCAGCUAGAGGUGGACGUGCACUGGAGGUGGGUGGGCAGCACGUGCCUGCUGUGCUACGGGCAGAUGGCCGCGCAUAUCGGGGAGCGACUCCUGCCCUGGGUGGACAACAUCGCCUGCAGGAUGGUCUACUACUUCUCCUGCAGCAGCUACGACCACAUCCUCAAGAUGAGCUUCCUGUGCGCGGCCAUCAUGCUCACGAAGGCACUCAAGAGGGAGGGAGAGGCCGAGAGCUUCAAGUUCACUCAGAUCCCGGAGCUCAUCCAGUGUCUCCUGUGCAUCCUCCAGAAGGAGCCCGGCUACCUGGCCACUCUCUUGCGCCAGAAGAUCAUACUGGUCAUCACGGGACUGAGCAGCCUGCGGCCCCGGCUCAAGCCCACGGUCAAGUCCAGGGUCCUGCAGACCUGCCUGUGGAGCUUGUACACGCUGCCCGCCCCGGAGAUGCUGAAGGGGAGCCUGCCCCCCAUGGCGGUGGUCCCCGACGUGAUGGUGAGCGCCCGCGGUGCAGCCCUGCGGGCAGGUGGGGCAGAGGGGCCGGCAGCUGCCCGCGGACUCCUGUGA